AUCGAAUGCACCCCUCAAGGGGGUGCGGGGGGUGAGGGUCACUGCUGAGGGGAGCUUAGAAAGCUUUGCUCGGGAUGCCUUGUUUUCCUCCUCCUCCCGACCGGCAGAUGAGGGACUGAGGGCUGGGCAGGUUGAUUGUGAAGCUGUAAGACAGGGAGGUGGGGAGGUAAAGAGAUGAAAGGUCAAAGGGCCGGUCCCCGGGGCGCAGAGUCCGUGCACAGCUGGGCUCCUGGGCGGGGAGUUAUCUCAGGCAUCGGCAGGGCAGGGUCCUGCUCUCCAGCCGGCAGACCAGAGGCCGGCUGUCCCGCAGCAACCAGCCGGCGCCCACUCUCCCUGCGCCGGCCGCAGCCGGGGACCAGGCAGGCAGGCGGGCAGGAAGCGAGAGCGGCAGGACCGUGAGCCCCGGGCGGACGAGCCAAGCGGCACCUGGGGGACAUGGAGGACAGACCCUCGGAGGCCAACGCCAAUGUGGACACCUCGGCGUCCCCGUCGGUGGCCCAGCUGGCCGGGCGGUUCAGGGAGCAGGCGGCCGCCACCAAGGAGAUACCAGCCAGUAAACCAGCCCGGACGAGGAAACCGCCCUGCUCCCUCCCCCUGUUCCCCCCCAGAGUAGAGCUGGGCCAGAACGGAGAGGAGAAAUCGGCACACAAUGCGAGCCACCUCCCCAAAGUCAAGGUGAAGAGCUCGCCUCUGAUCGAGAAGCUCCAGGCCAACUUAGCCUUCGACCCGGCCGCCCUGCUGCCGGGGGCCUCGCCCAAGAGUCCGGGGCUCAAGGCGGCAGUGUCUCCGUUCCACAGCCCGCCUUCCACUCCCAGCAGCCCGGGUGUGCGGCCGCAGGAGCCGGAGGAGGUGCCCAUCAGCUUCGACCAGCCCCCCGAGGGCAGCCACCUACCCUGCUACAACAAGGUGCGGACCAGGGGCUCCAUCAAGAGGCGCCCGCCCUCCCGGCGGUUCCGGAGGUCGCAGUCGGACUGCGGGGAGCUGGGGGAUUUCCGGGCGCCCGAGCCGUCCCAGGAGAAUGGGGCGCAGGAAGACGCCCGGGACGAGGUGUUCGCGCCCAAGAGCAAGGCCCCGGGCUCGCCUCCCCCCGGCGAGGGGGCACUGGGAAGGGCAGGGCGGGCGGCCCCGGGGUCCCGCGAGAAGCCCCCGCUGAGGAGGACGUCCAGCGGGACGGAGAAGCAGGAGGAGAAGGCCCGGGCCCCGGAGGAGGCCCUGCGGCCGGAGGAGGCUCCAGGGGAUGCCGAGGAGGCAGCGGCAGAGCCACGCCCGGCGACCAGCACCACCAGCACCGAGGCGCAGAACGGGGGUGGGAGCCCUGCGGAGGGAAGGCCAGCGGCGGAGCAGGAGGAGUCCGCCGCGGAGGUGAAGGAGGAGGGGGCCGGCGGUGAGGAGGAGCCCGUGCCACCCGGCGGAGACACGGAGCGGCUGGAGGAGGGGGCCGAGGUGCAGGAGGCCCCCCAGGCCCCCCCUGCAGGGGUGGAGGGCAGCCUCGCCCCAGAAGAGGGGACCGGCCAGGAGAAGCAGGAGGAGGCCACCGCCCCGGAGCCCGGCUGCAGCCCCACGACCGGCAGCGAGGCCCCCGAGACAGAGGACGGCGCCUCUGCCUAGCACACUAAAGUGUAGGAUGGCCCCCUGUGCCUGGUGUCGCAGCGGCUGGAGAUGUCUCCUUGGAACUGGUGGCCAUGCGCGCGGCAGCGAAGGAAGCCACACCGCCCUGGACGGUGCAGGGGUCCACGUCCCCUGCCCUCACCCCCACCCCGCCCCAGGAGAAGACUGGACCUGAGGGCAGCAGACUUUUAUCAGCUUUGAGUUUGUGUUAUUUGAUGGACUUGGUUUUUAAAAAAAAAACAACCUUAUGUAAAACAAUUUACUGUAGUAAAUUGUCCCCAGGGGGCAACGCCCCAGAGACACCGGUCCCCCUCUGGGGGGUCCAGAGCCCGCCCGCAACUACCUGUCCCUGCGGCUGGCCUCGGCCGGACUCCAUCUGGCUGACCAAGCGCCGUGUGGAGGGACCGCCUUUGCCCCGUCCUGGGGUUUACUGUGCUCUGGUGUGAGUGACCGCUGGUCUCAGGCAGCCACCAGACACCAAGAAACCAGCGGUGCUGACAGCAUGAACCCCAUGAGCUCCACAAGGCCUCGCGCAGCAAUCAGGGGCGUCCUGCCCAGGGAGUCCGGGAAUGCGGCCCGACCCCGAAUCGUACGUGCACUUAACGCCUUCUGUGUGCUCCUCGGUUUUCGUUGAUGUUUCUGUGUUUAACGUGUGGCCCAAGGCACUCUUCGGCCUCCAGUGGGGCCCAGGGACACCGGGAGGCUGGACACCCCGGGCCGGGCCCACGCCACAUCAGGUCUCCGAGACCCACGUGCAGCGCGGUCCAAGCUCGAACUGGCCGGACAGUUUUUAAGGCACUGGACUGGGGGAGAGAACUACAGAAACGUGAGAAAACGACGCAUCUGUUCCAGCAGCAGGCGCUUUGCUGGCCCCUCGGUUUCCCCGGUGGGUGGCGCCCCAGGAGGUGCCGGACUCAGCUCCCCUACUUCUGGGGAGGAGGAGGGGCGGGCUGGCAGCGGCUCCGCCCCCCACCCCCGCCCCCGCCCCGCACCCCGUGGACCCCCAGGGCCAGGCCAGAAGUCCGGAGGCCUCCGGGCUCCGCCACUGCACUUCCUCGCCCGGGAAGCAGCCCGGACCGGCCCCGGCCCCGCAGGACUCACCCCGGGACAGUGCGGUGUGCCGGUCCAGGAGGCGGCCCUCGGGCGCAGAUCCGCAGUUUCCCGGGAGGUGCUCUGAGUGCAGUCACGUGCAAACUACGUUCUGAAACCGCCCUCGGCGGCUCCCCUGGGCCGCUGCUCUCGAGGGAAGCCCGGGCUCUCCUUCCCGACUCCGGGGGCGUGGGUGGGGGUCUCCGUCCCUUCCCGCCGAGUCUCUCUUGCUUUUAUGUUCUGUCGGAGGGGGCGGGAGGCUCUGCAAGGAACAGGGGCCGACCACCCAUUCCUGGACUCUCAGCCCCUCCCCUCUGCGCGCGCUCCUGCCGAAAGACGAGAAUCCAGACACGGGGUUCAUCUUUAGGGUCGGGCCUUAAGGGUUCAGGGUCCCCAGGUGCCCAGCUGGCAGCUGGCUCGGCGGUCCCUCUGGGGGUCUGUGAGGCCCACACUGUACUCCAGCUUCAGAAAGCCGGCUCUCGGGCUACAAGGCCUUAUCUCACCGCUGGUACCUCGACCUUCUCAUCCCCUUGACAGUUCUCCUCACUCCAGAGCAGUGUUCCUAUUUGGGAUAUAUAUUUUUUCAAGUUUUUAAAAAUAGAAGGCACCUUCUAGAACGUGCAACCUAGUGAAGACUGAUCCUAUAAUAAGCCUUGUAUUUUAUCCGAGUUUCAGAGACGUGGCGUGCCAGUGACUUGGAGGUCUACUCAGCAUCGACCUGUGGUCUAUGCUCUGUCUAUCCAGCUGUUGACAGAGAUGUGUACCCCCUAAGAGUCCGCGGUUUUAUUCAUAUACAUCUCUGGGCGGGCGGGCGGGCGCUCUCUGCGCUCACACGCGCGGCCCGGCGGCAGCUCUGCGAGUGUGCGCACGGUUGCGCAUGUGCGUGAGAGAAGGGAGAGAGCCGCCGCUGCCCCGACUUGAAGACACGAACCGAAAGGGUGCGAUGUGGGUGAGAAAACGCAACCCUCUCUCUCCUCCGGAGGGUCUGCCCCUUGGAGCAGCGAAGGAGGGACGAGCAAUAAAAAUGGACAAGAAUGUGA